UUUAUCAUACUUAUCUAGUGUGUGUGGUGAUAACCAGCGUUGACAAGCUGCUUUGUGCUAUCUUUAGUUUUACUUGAAGUAUUCAGUGGGUUGCAUGUGAAGUGUCACAGUGAUGGAAUGGCAAUGGCUUAAAGAUUGGUGGAGGUUAAAAAGAUGGAGGAGCAGGAAGAAGAAAGAGCAAAAUGAUGAUGAUUUUUGUUACUGUGAUGACUGUUUGCCUGAUGGCGAGUUGGAUCUCUGCGACUCCCUGGACCCACACUACGAUGGCGGCGGCAAGAAGGUCGUGGUGGGGGUGUGCGCCAUGGCCAAGAAGUCGCAGUCGAAGCCCAUGAAGGAGAUACUCACGCGGCUCGACGAAUUCGAGUACAUCAAGAUGCUCGUCUUCCCUGAGGAGGUUAUCUUAAAGAGUCCCGUAGAGGAGUGGCCCAUCUGCGACUGUCUCAUAUCUUUCCACUCGAAAGGCUUCCCGCUGGACAAGGCCAUACAGUAUGAAAAACUGAGGAAGCCGUAUGUUAUCAACAAUCUGCAUAUGCAGUACGAUAUUCAGGAUCGCAGAAAAGUGUACGCUAUCUUAGAAGGAGAAGGUAUCGAGAUACCCAGAUAUGCAGUUUUGGAUAGAGACUCGCCGGAUCCUAAGCAUCAUGAGUUAGUGGAAUCCGAAGACCACGUAGAGGUGAACGGCGUGGUGUUCAACAAGCCUUUCGUAGAGAAGCCAGUUUCGGCCGAGGAUCACAACAUCUACAUCUACUACCCCACGUCCGCGGGCGGCGGCAGUCAGCGACUGUUCAGAAAGAUUGGAAGUCGUAGCAGCAUUUAUUCACCAGAAUCUAGAGUAAGGAAGACUGGAUCUUUUAUCUACGAAGAUUUUAUGCCUACUGAUGGCACCGACGUAAAAGUAUACACAGUGGGCCCCGACUACGCUCACGCUGAAGCCCGCAAGAGUCCCGCCCUCGACGGCAAAGUAGAACGCGAUUCCGAAGGAAAGGAGAUCCGCUAUCCUGUCAUCUUGUCUAACCAGGAGAAGCUUAUAUCGAGGAAAGUCUGUCUGGCGUUCAAACAAACGGUGUGUGGAUUUGAUUUGUUAAGAGCGAACGGCAAAUCAUUCGUCUGCGACGUGAACGGAUUUUCCUUCGUGAAAAACUCUAACAAGUACUACGAUGACUGCGCGAAGAUCCUCGGCAACAUGAUCCUGCGCGAGCUGGCGCCGACGCUGCACAUCCCGUGGUCCGUGCCCUUCCAGCUGGACGACCCGCCCAUAGUGCCCACUACGUUUGGGAAGAUGAUGGAGUUGAGAUGCGUGGUAGCCGUCAUUCGUCAUGGUGACAGAACGCCCAAACAGAAGAUGAAAGUUGAAGUCCGACACCCAAGAUUUUUCGAAAUCUUCGAGAAAUACUCCGGUUUCAAGCGCGGCCACGUCAAACUAAAGAAACCCAAGCAACUGCAAGAGAUCCUGGACAUUGCUCGCGCACUUCUAGCUGAUAUACAUACGCGGCACGCCGACCCCGAGAUAGAGGAGAAACAGGGAAAAUUGGAGCAGCUUAAAAGCGUACUCGAGAUGUACGGUCACUUCUCAGGCAUAAACCGCAAGGUCCAAAUGAAGUACCAGCCCCGCGGCCGGCCCCGCGGCUCCAGCUCCGACGACGUAGAGGGCGUCGGCGAGCCGUCACUGGUGCUGAUCCUUAAGUGGGGCGGCGAACUCACUCCGGCGGGGCGCAUCCAGGCGGAGGAGCUGGGCCGCAUGUUCCGCUGCAUGUACCCCGGCGGCCAGGGCCGGCAUAUACCUGGUGAAGGCGGCACCCAAGGCCUAGGGCUCCUGCGUCUCCACUCCACAUUUAGGCACGACCUGAAAAUAUACGCGUCAGACGAAGGUCGAGUCCAGAUGACGGCCGCGGCGUUCGCGAAGGGAUUGCUGGCUUUGGAAGGCGAACUGACGCCCAUUCUAGUGCAGAUGGUCAAAUCUGCUAAUACCAAUGGACUGCUGGAUAAUGAUUGUGAUUCUUCGAAGGUGCAGAAUAUGGCGAAAGCGCGUCUCCACGAAGCAAUGCAAGUGGACCGCGAGUUCACCGAGCAGGACCGACAGCGCAUCAACCCCUGCGAGAGCCUCAGCAUCAGCGCCGCCAUGGAGUUCGUCAAGAACCCGGUGCGCUGCUGCGCGCACGUGCACACGCUCAUACAGCAGCUCGUGCACAUCGUGCUGGUGAAGAAGGACGACCCCAAGACUAAAGACACUAUCCUCUAUCACGGCGAGACUUGGGAGCUGAUGGGCCGCCGCUGGGGCAAGAUCGAAAAAGACUUCUGCACAAAGAACAAGACGUACGACAUCUCGAAGAUCCCGGACAUCUACGACUGCAUCAAAUACGAUCUUCAGCAUAAUCAACAUGCACUGCAGUUUGACUUGGCCGAGGAGCUGUAUAUGUACGCCAAAUAUUUGGCAGACAUUGUUAUACCGCAGGAAUAUGGUCUGACGAUGCAAGAAAAGCUCACGAUUGGGCAGGGGAUCUGCACGCCGCUGCUCAAAAAGAUCCGCGCGGACCUGCAACGGAACAUCGAGGAAUCCGGCGAGGAGACGGUCAAUAGGCUAAACCCAAGGUACAGCCACGGCGUGUCGUCGCCGGGCCGGCACGUGCGAACGCGUCUGUACUUCACCAGCGAGAGCCAUGUUCACUCCUUACUCACUGUGCUACGCUUCGGCGGGCUGUUAGAUGUACUAAAAGACGAGCAGUGGCGGCGCGCAAUGGAAUACGUGUCCAUGGUCUCGGAGCUCAACUACAUGUCGCAGAUUGUCGUUAUGCUGUACGAGGACCCUACGAAGGACCCUUGCUCUGAAGAAAGGUUCCACGUAGAGCUGCACUUCAGCCCCGGCGUGAACUGCUGCGUGCAGAAGAACCUCCCGCCCGGCCCCGGCUUCCGGCCGCACAGCCGGAACCAUUCCACCACUAACAACUCUAGCUCCUCCGAAGAAGUGAAGUGUAUAGAAGAAGAAGCGGAAGACGACCAGAUGGCGAGCCAAGAGACCUUACAACCGGACACCGACGAACUGGACAACACCUUUUCUCCGAGGAAAAAUUCUAAAUCUAAAUUGAGGCCUUCAGAUCCGAUUCCAAUUUGCAACCUGCACUACACGGUGAGCGGGCACGAGGCGGUGUCGCUGGCGGCGCGCCUCAACGAGCUGCGGGCGCGGCCCGAACACUCCUCGCAUCGCGAACAGAGCGAAGAGAAAGAACAAAACGCCAGCGAGGACCCGCAGCCCCGCGCGCGCAGCUACGACCAGCACAAGCAGCACGACAGCGUCCCCGUGCUAACGCUCACGUCGCCCUCCGGGUUGACUUCGGCGCCGGAGACGCCCGAGUUCGACCUGGAGGGGGUCGAGUCCAGUACUAACGAGCUGCCGCUGUCCGCGAUCACAUUCGGUAGUAGAGUAGAGGUGGGGCCGGGGACGGGGCGCGUGGCCUCGUGGCCCCGCCUCGAGGAGUCAUUGUGGCGCGGCGCAGGGCGGCGCCAGCGGCACAGCAUCGCCGGACAGAUGAGCUACCUCAAGAUGCUGGGCCUGGCGCGCGGCAAGGCGGCCGGCGCCGCGGGCCUCUUCAGCACGGCCGUCAUCUCCGGCUCCAGCUCCGCGCCCAAUCUACGCGUCUGCAUACCCUCCUCUGCAGCAAACAACACCGCACUGGAAGGUUUCGGGGGCGUGCCGGCCAUCCGGCCCCUAGAGACGCUGCACAACGCGUUGUCGCUGCGGCAGCUGGACGUGUUCCUCGAGCGCGUCACGGCCGCGCCCGUGCUGCUCGGCACGCCGCCCCAGCCGCCGCCCGAGCCGCCCGCCAAGCCCGCCUCGCCCACCAACAGCGUGGGCUGGAGCGGGCCGUCCUCCCUGAUGUCGUCGUCGGGCGAGCUGCCCAGCGCGCUAUCCUCGGCCGGGCCCUCCUCGCCCAACUCCAACUACGCCUCCAACUCGGAGCAUAAGAACUCUUCUGAAAGUAGCAAUUGGAGUAAAAAUGUGGCGAGCAAGCUCCCUCAGUGGGACGGGGAGGCGGCCACUCUGUGCGGCGCCGACGCGGGCCUGCCGCCUUUCGCGCACCACCCAGGUUCUUCUGUUAGCGGAGACGUGACUCCCGUGUCGCUCGCCUCGGAGCUGGAGUUCAACAGCAACGAGGCUACGGCCGGCUCCAUCACCGACCACGACCUUAUGAGUGCAGAAGGCGAGGAGGACGAGGAGACGCUCUCGCUGGAGCCGCACAGCAGCUCGCCGCUGCGCUUCGUUAGGAACGAGCUGGCGCACCCCGCGCUCCCCGCGGUGGACAACUGCCGCGCCUCCACCAGCCACGCGCCCGACUACACCCCCGACUUGCACAAGUCCAAGGACAACAUCGAUAGUAUUAACAUUAAUAUAGAUAGCGAAAAAAAUAACAAAUACACGAAAGUAGACUCCUCGCACUAUUUAAGCAAUCUAAACUCGCUAAACGACACCGGCAAGAACAAAAACAAGAAGAAUGAACUGUUGAAUAAUGGGAGCAGAAGAUAUAGCGACAGUAGCGCGCAGAAAAGCAACGCUGCAGGAACUGUGACGGGCAGCCGGUUCACGACGACGUUAGUCGCCGAAGACUCGUUGCGACCGAGCACAUCGAAGGAGAGUAAGUCCAACAACAACUUGCCUAACGUCCCACCGGAGGUCACCGCGCCCUCGGUCACCAAAGCUAAAAAUGCUGCCAUCAAGCCUGGCUUCACGAUCACUGAUGAUUAAUGUUAGACUACACCUAUCAGUGUGUACACUGUGCACCAUGCUUUUUCAGAAUUACAUGUUAUAGUUUAAGAUGAAUUGUGAUAUUGUUAGAAAACACGAAUAGUGUGCAAGCUGCCAGAUAGGCUGUUAAGUAGCUUUUUUUUAAUUAUACCAAUUAUCCACUAUCACUCAUUAAAAUUUACAUAUAUGUAUAAGUCAUUGAUAAGUUCAAAUGCACAGAUUCAAUGCAAAUGUUUCAUACAUGCUUUUGCUAGGACUGCUUGCACAAAAUAAAUCAGGUGUAAUUAAUUAUGUAGUUAAAUGCUAUUUGCAAUACAGUUUUUUAAUAGUGUAUACACGUUUUCAGAUAAUGAAUGGCAUCUUGAAUCACCAGACUGCCUGGAAUAGACAAUUGUAUUAGAAUUUAUUUAAUACAUGCAUCCUUAUCAUUAUGUUAUAUUGAAUAUACAACAAACAUACUUAGUGAAAAUAAUAGGAAAUAAAGUCUUUAUGAGAAAAUAUAUUAACUUCUAUA